AACAGCGGCGGCUAGUUGCUCCGCGGCCCCCGCGGCGGCUGCUGCUGCUGCUGCGGCUCCUGCUGUCUCCACCGUUCGACCUCCGGCAGCUGCAUCCUCGGCCCCGGUGGGGUCCCCGCCCCGCGCCCCGCCAUGGUGUCCUGGAUCAUCUCUCGCCUGGUGGUGCUCAUCUUUGGCACCCUGUACCCAGCCUAUUCUUCCUACAAAGCCGUGAAGACAAAAAACGUGAAGGAAUAUGUGAAAUGGAUGAUGUACUGGAUCGUCUUUGCCUUCUUCACCACAGCUGAAACACUCACGGAUAUCGUGCUCUCCUGGUUCCCCUUCUACUUUGAGCUCAAGAUCGCCUUUGUGAUAUGGCUGCUGUCCCCUUACACCAAGGGCUCCAGCGUGCUCUACCGCAAGUUCGUGCACCCAACAUUGUCCAACAAGGAGAAGGAGAUCGACGAGUACAUCACACAGGCCCGAGACAAGAGCUAUGAGACCAUGAUGAGGGUGGGCAAGAGGGGCCUGAAUCUGGCCGCCAAUGCCGCGGUCACAGCUGCUGCCAAGGGCCAGGGGGUGCUGUCAGAGAAGCUCCGAAGCUUCAGCAUGCAGGACCUGACCCUGAUCCGGGAUGAGGACACCCUGCCCCUGCAUGGGCCUGAUGGCCGCCUCCGACCUGGCCCCGGCAGCCUCCUGGACACCAUUGAGGACCUAGGAGAUGACCCUGCCCUGAGUUUAAGGUCUGACUCCCGGACAGAGACCUCUGAGGAUGAUGUGGGAGACAAGGCUCCUAAGAGGGUUAAAUCCAUCAAAAAAGUGCCCAAAGCUGAGCCACUGGCUUCCAAGACGCUGAAGACCCGGCCCAAGAAGAAGACCUCAGGCGGGGGUGACUCAGCUUGAGGCCCCGACCCCCCACAGGCUGCAGAGCCCCUGUUCCACACUGUGCCCAUAGCCCACGUGUCUCCGCCCCAGGCCCCUCAGAUGGUUAUUUCUGGUGCCUGCCUAAUGGCCACUUUUCUGGAAGGGCUUGGAAAAGAGGAGGGAGGCCCUGCGGGGGGGUGAAGGUGGAGGCUGGACCUGGAGCUGAGGACUGAGCCAUCCGAGGUGGUGGGGGCUCCUCAGAGCCUGAACUGCCAUUCUCCCGGCUCCAGCCCUGUUUUCCUACCCAGUGCCUUGCUGAACACCAUGGCCAUCUGCUUCUUUGAGGUCCUAAUGUGCACCUACUGUUCUCCCUGGGUGGGGGAUGGAGGGGGAGUGUCAGUCACAACCCAGAUGGACCAGAGACAGGCCUGGAGGCAUCUGGGGGAGGGAGGGAGUGGGGAAGGCCUCGGGGAACCUGGGCAGGGGCUCCAGGCCACAGCUCUGAAUGGAGGACAGGGGCUUAGUGUGUGCUUAGAUGACCAGGAUGACCAGACUGGAACUGUAGCUGGGGGCAUUGGACGAACUGUGUGCUACAUGUCCCCACCAAGAGGUGGAGUUCCAGGGGUGUGUGGGGAGGAGGAUGUGUGGGGUAAAGGACUUGACCUCCAGCGGUGAUCUCCCCCCACCCUCAGCCCUCCCUCCUAGUCUCUGGGCCUCAGAGGAUCACAGUCCAUGAGGCACUGGGCCUCCAAGGGGCCUCUCACCUCCUCUUCUGCCCUCAGUUAUUUUUGCCUCUUCCCUUUCCUGCCCUGCCCCUGGACUGGGCUCCUCUACCCCUCAGGGCCCACUGUAGAGGCCCCUUGCUUGAGCCAGCUCCCUUUCUCCACACCCAGAGGCCCAUCUUCCUUUCUCCCAGGGUCCUCUUCCUGUGCCAAGCAGACUAGGCCCCAUGUUAGCAGACCCCCGUCAGAGCGCAGCCGUUGCUCCACAUGCUGCCCCAGCUUCCGCUGUGAUCUCAGUCAGAGC